UUCCGUCCAUAGAGCACGCAAAGAGUGAAGCCCCUAAAACAACUGCUGGAGAACUACUACAAACGCCUGCCUGGUCUAUAUUUAGGGGCUGAGAGAACUCAUUCGAGAUGAACCACAAGAAGUUAAUUUCAGGGUGUUUGAAUGGAAGUUUUCUUCCCUCUAUCGGCACAAGAGAGAAUGACAGCAAAGAUGGCGGCGCCUAUGAACAACGUGGAUGAAAUUCGUGAUAGAGUAAUAUUGGGUGAAUUUGGCGUAAGAAAUGUCCAUACUACAGAUUAUCCAGGAAAUUACCCUGGUUACGAUGACACAUGGGAUUUUGAAAAAUUCAAAAAGAACUUCAGGAUCGAUAUAGUUAAUUUUGAUGAAAACACGUUGGAGUUCGAUAUGAUUGGAAUUGACGCGGCCAUCGCCAAUGCAUUUCGCCGUAUUUUACUUGCUGAGGUCCCAACAAUGGCCAUUGAGAAAGUCUUCAUUUACAAUAACACAUCGAUAAUUCAGGAUGAGAUUUUAUCUCAUAGGCUUGGUCUUGUGCCCAUUAAAGCAGAUCCUCGUCUUUUUGAGUAUAGGAAUCCGGAGGAUCAGGAAGGCACAGAAAUUGACACCAUUCAACUUCAGCUGAAGGUUAAAUGCACAAGGAAUCCUAGAGCCCCCAAAGACUCUUCAGAUCAUAAGGAGUUGUAUCUCAAUCACAUGGUGUACUCAGGUGACAUAAAAUGGCUCCCAGUUGGAAAUCAAGCCGAUGUGUUUGCAGAUGCCAAGAUUGGACCUGUGCAUGGGGACAUUCUCCUGGCACAACUCCGACCAGGGCAUGAACUUGAUAUAGUCAUGCACUGUGUCAAAGGAAUAGGCAAGGAUCAUGCCAAGUUUUCUCCAGUGGCCACCGCAAGCUACAGACUCCUUCCUGAAAUCACAUUAUUACAGACCAUUGAGGGAGAGCAAGCGGAGAGGUUAAAGCGCUGCUUCUCUCCUGGAGUUAUUGAGCUAGAGAAUGUGAACGGAAGGAAGAUAGCUAAGGUUGUCAACAGUCGUUUGGACACAUGCAGCAGAGAAGUUCUUCGGCAUGAUGACUUGAAGAACUUGGUGAAACUGGGCAGAGUGCGGGAUCAUUUCAUAUUCUCAGUGGAGUCCACAGGGAUCCUCCCUCCUGAUGUCCUGGUUACCGAGGCCAUUAAUGUCCUCAUCUCUAAAAGCCAGAAGUUUCUCACAGAACUUGAUACGACAGAAAUCGACUAGAUGGAGGAAAAUAAGGCUAGUCACAAUCAUCCUAUAGCUUUGAAUGAAAUGACAUUGUACAUACAUUUUUAAAGGACAAGUUCGGUAUUUUAUACUUAUAGCCCUGUUUUAAGAUCGUUUCGGAUGAAAUAGGACGAUUAAGAUUGAAAUUUGGGCACAUGCUGCUGGCCCCCACUCCAACCUCCACAGUGGUUGCAUAGGUGCACUGGAACUAUCCUUCCUAAAACGCAUUAAACUUUAGUUUACAAAGACGUGAAACUCACUGAGUGUUUUGGGGUGUU